CUAAUUCGAUUUUUGCAUGCGUGUAUGUCGGGAAUCGUUUUGAUACUGGCGUACCGGCGCACACCAGCGCAGGAUUUGUAUGGGAAUCACGAAAUGUCAGAACUGUUCAGAACUUUCAUUUCCUCUCUGAGAUAAUCAUGAAUAGUGAAUAGAAAAACAAACAGUAUGUCUGGAAAAGCGAAUGUAUCAUUGCCAGAUGUGCCAUUUCCACUUGCUGUGUUUACCAUUUUCACCCUGUCUCUGUGCUUCGCUAACAGCUACAAUGGUCAAUUUGUGUUCGAUGAUUCUGAAGCUAUUAUCCAUAACGACGACGUACAAACCAGCCCCUUGAUGGACAUAUUUAAAAAUGAUUUCUGGGGCACGAGAUUGACGUACAAGCAAAGUCACAAAUCAUACAGACCAUUUACAAUCUUGUCCUUCAGAUUACACUAUUGGAUUCGAGGAAGUCUGGUGGCACAAGACUUUCACAUAGUAAACAUAAUUCUCCAUACUAUCAUUUGUAUAUUAAUGUUACCAGUACUUAAUAUUCUCUUGGGAUUCGAACGAAAGAACAUUGCAUUCUAUACUGUGGCAUUGUUCAGCGUACAUCCAGUACAUACAGAAGCUGUUUCAGGAAUUGUAGGAAGAGCAGAAUUGUUGUGUGCAUUAUUCAUGUGGAUAUCUAUUAUGUUAUAUUAUUAUUCAAUUUACGCGAGAAGACUGAUAAACAGAUGGCUCAGUAUGUGCGGUUGCGUUAUCUUCAUUGCAAUUGCAAUGCUCUCCAAAGAAAUUGGAAUUACUGCAGUGGGGAUCUGCUGUAUAUACGAUAUAACAAUAGUAAAUAAAUUGUUUCCGUAUGAUGUAGUUUCUAUCAUAAAAGUCAAACCAUCAUACAAGCAGAUAGAAAACUUUAUCAGGCAAAGAAAAAAAUUGAUAGUCCGACUCUUUAUACUUCUUGCAUCUGGCUUAAUACUCAUGGUUUCAAGAUUCAGUGUAAUGGACUUCAAAGCCCCGAGUUUUCAGUCUGUGGAUAAUCCAGCAUCAUUUAUGAACAAUACAUUCUUACGUGCGAUAAAUUACAGCUACGUUUAUUGUUUAAAUCUGUGGCUAUUAAUAUGCCCUGAGUGGCUGUGUUUCGAUUGGUCAAUGGGCUGCAUUCCUUUAAUCAAUUUUAACGAUCAAAGGAUAUUCUUUGUUCUCUUGUUUUGGGUAAUACUCAGUGUUACCAUUGUGUAUAUUCUUAGUCCUCGUCAAGACAAAUAUUUAAGGCACUCGAUUAUGGGGCUUGCAAUGCUCAUUAUUCCGUUUCUACCAGCCAGCAACAUUUUUUUCAACGUUGGCUUCGUGCUGGCAGAGAGAACAUUAUACAUUCCCUCUGCCGGUUACUGCCUCUUAGUUAUCAUAGGCCUGGAGAAACUUUGUAAUCGAAUUCCCAUGCAACAUUUAUUGCUGGCUUACAUAGCUUUAAUUACGUUGUUCUUCACGAGAUCCUGGAUAAGAAGCGAACAAUGGAAGACUGAAACUACUUUGUACAGAUCUGCGUUGCCCGUUUGCCCGCUGAAUGCCAAGGUGCAUUACAACAUAGCGAAAAACGCCGCUGACUCUGGGAACUCUACUCUGGCGCAAUAUGAAUACAAGGAAGCUUUAAGAUUAAACCCUACGUACGCUCAAGCUAUGAACAAUCUCGGAAACUUACUGAAAGAUCAGGGCAAGCAUUUAGAAGCAGAGAGUUUGUUCAAACGCGCUAUCGAGUUACAGGAAGACUUUGCUACGGCAUGGAUGAAUUUAGGUAUCGUUCUGUCGGCGUUAAGGAAGUACGAAGAAUCGGAGAAGAGUUAUUUAACUGCGCUUUCUCACAGAAACAAAUAUCCCGACUGCUUUUAUAAUUUAGGAGUCCUGUAUUUGGAGAUGAAAAAUUAUGAUAAAGCGUUAAGAGCUUGGGAAUCGGCUACUAAGCAAAGGAGCACGCACAGAAGAGCAUGGACCAACAUGAUACUGCUUCUCGACGAUUUAGGUAUGCGUGAAGAGGCGUUGGAGAAAGCAAAACAAGCUUUGCAAUUCUUACCGGGCGAUGCCUCUAUUCAUUUUAACAUCGCAAACAUAUUAGGGAAAGUUGGGAACUUCAUGGAAGCGGAGAUGCAUUUUAAAAACGCGAUAUUGAAGAACCCAGGGGAUCCUAUGUUCUAUACGAAUCUAGGUGUCUUGUAUCACAGAUGGAAUAAAUUAAACGAAGCAGAAACUAUGUACAAGAAAGCAUUGGAAAUCAAACCGGAGCUAAACAGCGCGAAGGAAAAUCUGAGAAAAUUGAAUUCUUUGAGAUCCGUAAUAAAGUAAUUUCAUUUUUAAUUCAAA